AUGGUGCGCCCCGUGCGCUGCGGCGGUGGUGGCAGCAGGCGCAGCAAGACGUAUUGGGUGUGCAGCUGCGGUGGCUGGAACUGGGACUGGCGUACCACGUGCCUCGGCUGCGGCUACGCGGCACCGCCUUGGGCGCUGGAUGCUGCUGCUGCCAGGGCCAGGCCCCAGGCGGACAAGGACGGCUGGGUGGACCAGCCACGAGGGCGCCGUGCCCAGAGGCAGGCCCGCGGUGCGGCUGCGAGCGCGGCAUCCACCGAGUCGCAGACCUCGGCGUCGGGCGACAGCGGGGCGCCCAGCGGCAGCGGCGCCGCGGCGAUCGAGAGGCUGCAGGCAGCGGUCGAGCAGCUGGAGGCGCUGCAGGCGGAGCCGCCCGACGGCGUGGACAGCUGCUUCACCGACGUCGUCGCCAGCCAGCUGGAGGCCAAGCGCGCCAAGCUGGGCGCUGCCCAGCGGGCAGCAGCGGGGCAGAAGGCGUCCUCCCUGCCGCGGUCAGCGCUGCUCCACAAGGAGGCGAACCGCCUGGAGCAGAAACAGGCGGCGCGCGACCUCGCCGAGGCCCAGCUCCAGAAGGCCCAGCAGGAGCUGGCGCAGCUCGACGCAGACUUGGAGGAGGCACCCCGUGCUGUCCGCGCCCUCGAGGAGGACGCCCGUGCCGAGGCCGAGGCGCAGCGGCGUCAGCGGGCAGCGGAGUGGGCAGGGCCCAGCGAUGUCCCUGGGCCCUUCGUGCAGUUGGACAAGCUGCCUGAGGCUUGGGGAUCCAGCAACUUCGAGGUGGCUUGGGCGGCCAUUCGUACCCAGGUGGAGGCCGUGCGCACGCUGCUCGCCCAAGCCCCUGCUGCACCAAGGAGGGCGCCAUGGGCGGAGUCACGCCCCAUGGAGGAGGUCAGCAGCGAGGACGGCCUCCACGCAGGAGCGACCGAGCCCUGGCAGCCGCAGAGCGCUACGGAGCGCGGCCGGGCAGAGCGCCGCGGUGACGCCCGCGGCGAGUGGCCGAAGGUCGCCCAGGCGUUCAAGCGGGAGCUGGUGGCCCCAGGAGUUGCAGCGGAGGUUCGAGGUCAGGGCAGUCGUGCAUUCAGCAGCACCAGAGCGUCUGAGCCGAGGCAGCGCGCGGGCGGGGGCGCCGACGCGGCCCGCAUUGGAGGCGAGCGGCCCCUCGACCCCGGGAGGGCCCAGGGCCCGCAGGCGCCAGGCCAAGCGACAGCGGCAGCUCUGGAGGUCCGAUGCGGGCUGGAGGUGCUCGGGGUCAACGGCAACACGUGGAGGAGGAGCCUGGAGGUCGCCGAGGCCUUCGCCUCUCGGCACGGCGCCCUGCCGCACUUGGUAAUGCUCCAGGAGACCCGCCUGGCCCCGCACCGCCUGGAGGAAGCCAGAAGCGCAGCGCGCCGCAUGGGGUAUACGGCUUUCCUCCACGCAGCAGCGCCCACGGACAAGGAAGGCCUGCUUGCGAACUCAGGCGGCGUGGCCACCCUGGUGCGCAGCGACCUGCAGGUAGCGGAGAGUGCGUGGAUGGCGCCGAGUGACUUGAGGCAUCGCAUGAUUGGGGUCACAAUCACCGCGGCGUCAGGGCUGCAGUUCCUGGCGUGCUCGCUGUAUCUGCAGGACGCCCUGGGGCCCAAGGGCAUCAACCUCGACAUCUUCGCGGCCUUCGGCGACAUGGCGCUGUCCGACGGCAUGCCCUGGCUCGCGCAGGGCGACUUUAACAUGGAGCCAGGCACGCUGCACGAAUUGGGCUGGCCUCGGGUGCAGCGCGGCACGUACCUGGGGCCUGCCGAGUGCACAUGCGUGGCCCAAGGCGCUGAGCAUGUGUACGACUGGUACAUGGGCUCCUUCUGCCUGGCCCAUGGCGUCAGAGAGGCCUCAGCUCUGGAUGGCUUUGGGCUGUACCCCCACAAGCCCGUGAGGCUGCUGCUGCAGGACGUGAGACCAGACGCCUUGGUGCAGGUGCUGGUUCGUCCAGGUCGCUUUCCUGAUGUCGACGCAGCUGCUUGCCGGAUGCUGCAGUGCAGGUACACCGCCGCCUUGACCUGGGAGUUUGGCCCCCAGACGAGCGACGCCUGCGAGGCCGCUCGGCAGUGGAUCCAGGUCGUUGAGAGCACCUUGGUGGGGAUCCACGGCAUUGACGACGGCGACCUGCCCAGGUACCUGGGGCGGUCUGCAGGGCCCAAGGUUGUCCUCAAGCCCCUCAGCGCCGUGGUCAAGCGCGAGUACCGCCACCGGCACUCGGCCCUCACCCACGCCAUCCGCCAGGCCCUCGACGUCGCUCUCCAGAGGCUCACCGCGGACAAGACGAAGCGGUGGCAGCCCGCGCACGAGGCCUGGUACGAGCGGCAGGUCGAGCGGGUCCUCGCCGAUGUGGAGGCUGCCACUGUCGCAGCCUGUGAGGAGGACGAAGUCGAGGCCCUCGAGUUCGAUACUAGUGAGUGGGGCGACCUCGUUAGCCAAGCUGGCCUUCAUGGAGACCCAGAGGCGAUUGCAGUGCUGCAGCGGCGCCUCGCAUGCUCCCAGAGGCGAGAUGGAUGCAAGAGCUCGGCCUCCUGGAGGGCAUGGGCCAAGGAAGCGGUGCAGAAGGGUGGCAGGCUGGACCAUAGGUUCGCCAAGGCUGUGCCGCCCCCGCAGGUGGUCGACCCCGACACAGGCAGACCCUUGGCAGGCAUGCUGGCAGUCGGGCAGCUGGAGGCCAACUGGCAAGCCCUCUAG